AUGGAUGAUCUUAUUGAUAUUAACAUGAUGCUUGAUGGGAGUUGGGAAGAGGAGACAACGGACGGGGGAAAUUUAGAGAUUGGCGAGAUGAUUGAUUUGGACCUUCUAGUUACACUUCCAAAUGACAACACUACUCAAAAUACAACAACUACUCAAAAUACUUCUACUACACAAAAUACAACUACUACACAAAAUACAACUACUGUUGAUGAUGGUGCAACCCCUCCAGUUGACCCAGAUCAGAGUUCUCAAAGUCAAAGAAAUGCAUUUGGUAAAGCUCCUCGUCCUAAGAAGUCUGCUAUACAUACUGAAAUGGUUCUUAUAGAACUGCCUAAUGGUACCAAGAAGUGGAAAUGCAAAUGGUGUGGUAAGCUUUACACUUAUGAUGUGAAAUGGAAAAGUACUUCUAAUGGUAAGAAACAUUUAGAAAACUGCAUUCAGAGAAAGUUGAGGCUGAAAGGUAAUACUGACAAACAUGUUGCACAAUCUAGGUUAAAUGUAGGUGAUGAUAAUACUCCUAGUUUGGCAACUUGGACAUAUAAUCAUGCUAGGGUUAGAGAGGUUGCAGCUCAUAUGAUUCUAGGUCAUGAAUUUCCUUUUUCUGUUAUGGAAGGUGUUAUCUUUAAUGAGUUUCUUAGAGAAAUUUAUCCAUGGUACAAAAAUAUUACUAGACAACAGGUUAAGUUUGAUUGUGAGACAUUUUAUGAGGCUGAGAGACUUAAGAUGAAAAAGUCUAUGUCUUUGAUUAACAGGAUCAGUCUUACAACUGACUUGUGGUGGUCCGGUGAGCAGAGGAUAGGUUAUAUGACUGUGACUGGUCAUUUCAUUGAUUCAAAAUGGCAGUUUCACAAAAGAGUUUUAUCUUUUAAGAAUGUGCCACCACCACAUUCAGGUGAGGUUUUGUGUAGGGAAUUGAUUAAGGUCAUGGGUGACUGGGGCAUAAGGGAUAAGGUUGUUUCAAUUUCAGUUGAUAAUGCUAGUGCCAAUGAUAAGUGUAUUGUUAGGUUGAAGAGAGAUUAUUCUGGUAGGAGAAAUCUACCAUUGAAUGGUAAACUGUUUCAUGUGAGAUGUUGUGCACACAUCCUAAAUUUGUUGGUUCAGGAUGGUCUUGAUAUGAUUAAAGUGAAUGUUGAUAAGAUUAGGAAUGGGGUCAAAUACUUGAUGAAUUCUGAAACUAGAUGCAAAGCCUUCAAAAAAUUUGUUGAUGAGUUACAACUUGAAAGCAGAAUGCAAGUGUUGGAUACUAAGACUAGGUGGAACUCAACUUGGUUGAUGUUGUCCACUGCAUACCACUACAGAGAAGUCUGGCCUAGAUAUGCUGAAGAAAAUGGUGCAUUUCUCAACUAUUUGCCUAAUGCAAAUGAUUGGGAAGAUGUUCAUGAUAUUUGCAAGUUCUUGGAGGUUUUUGCUGAUGUUACAUCAAUUAUUAGUGGUACCUCUUACCCUACUGCUAAUUUGUUUUUGGCUGAGCUUUACAUGGUGAAGGUUCUACUUGACAACCCUUCAAGUAUCUCAAAUAAUCCUCAGCUGCAAGCGCUUGCUAAUGAAAUGAAGUUGAAAUAUGACAAGUAUUGGUCAGAGUCUAAUACAUUGAUUUCUAUUGGUGCAGUUCUUGAUCCAAGGUAUAAAAUGAUCUUCAUCAAAUGGGUAUAUCCCUUCUUGUAUUUAAAUCCUACUCAAGCCACUGCCAAUGAACAAGAGUUGGACACCAACUUAAAAUCUCUCUUCCAAUUAUAUCAAGAUACCUAUGGAACCAAUGGUGAGAAUGUCCCUGUAUCUGAGAACCCAGAGGUCGUGUCUAGUUCUGGGUUGGGAAGGAGGGGUUUUGAAAUGUUUUUAGAAACUGUUGUUGGUAACACUAUUUCAAAAUCUGAUCUUGAAUUAUAUCUUGAGGAGCCUCCCUUGAAAGUUCCCCCUAAAACUAAGUUUGAUGUUUUAACAUGGUGGAUGGGGAAUGAAGCCAAGUAUCCUGUUCUUAGUAAAUUGGAAAAGGAUAUUCUAACUGUUCCAGUUACAACUGUUGCUUCUGAAGCAACUUUUAGUGCUGGUAAAAGAGUUAUUGAUCCGAAACGAUUUUCAAUGAAAACUAAGACAGUUGAAAUGGUUCUUUGUGGGGGUGAUUGGGUGAAGGAGAAGUAUGGAAUUAAAAAGGGCUGCACUGCUAGCAUUCUUGAAGAACUACAAGAUGAACCUUUAGCAUAUCAUUUUGGUGAGGAUCCGGUUGUCGCUUCUUCUACAACAGCAACUUGA